AUGAGUUCGCUUCUUAACUUUCCGGAUGCUGAGACAGUAAAAGGGUUCUCCACAAAUUCAGUGAGCACUAAAACUGGGGUGAAGCCUAGCUCUUCAACCACUGAGAUAACUGAUGAAUAUACUAUGAUUUCAGAGAUGUUUAAUUUUGAGGAACUGAAAUAAAUCACCCAAUUUCGGAAUAAAAAUAUUUAACAAAGCAAUAUACAGGGGUGAGCUCCAAGAUAAUAAACGGCAUGGCCGAGGAUGCAUGACUUACCAAAACGGCAGGGUCUAUGAAGGAUUCUGGUACGCUGACAAACGCCACGGCGAUGGCUAUGAGAAAUACUCUAAUAACAACUUCUACCAAGGUCAGUUCAAGCAAGGCAGAGCUCAUGGAAAAGGCCUAUAUUCUUGGGUCACAGGUGAAACUUAUGAUGGCAACUGGGAGGAUGGCCUCAAACAAGGCUAUGGAGUCUGGAAAACCAAAACAGGCGAUUCCUACCUAGGCGAAUGGGACAAGAGCAAAGCGCACGGUUACGGUACCCAUAUAUGGAAGAAUGGGGAUAGGUACGAGGGAGAAUGGCAAAACUCACUCAAGCACGGAAAAGGAACUGAUAUCUUUGCUAACGGAGAAAGCUACACUGGUCAGUACUACAAAGGUAAACCUCAUGGGAUAGGAGAAUACACUUGGAAAAACGAUAGUAAAUAUAUUGGAGACUUCAAGAAUGGUCUCAAACAUGGUAAAGGAAAAUGGAUCAAAAGGGCAAGUGUUCCCCAUAGUAACACCUACGAAGGAGAUUACUUCAUGGAUAAGAAGCAUGGUCAAGGCGUAUUCAAAUGGGCCAGCGGCAAUGAAUACAGAGGAAGCUAUGUUGAAGAUGAGAGACAUGGUUAUGGAGAAAUGUUCUGGACCGACGGCAGUUUGUAUAGAGGAGAGUGGGUUAAAGGAAUCCAGCAUGGCCAAGGAGAAAUGCAUUUUCCUGAUGGGACCAGCAAAAUAGGAACUUUUGAUAAUAAUACAUAUGUUGCAAAAGAAAAAUCACGCCAAUCAAUGAGGGAGAAGUACGAGCAAAGCUCUAAAUCAUUAGAAAAAGGUCAUAAAGCUCUCAAAGAUACUCUUGACGUACGGAUAACAAACCAGUCGAUAAACACUAGCUUGAGCAAAACUCGCCUCAAACCGCUCUCUAACCCAGUCUCACCAAAAUUCUCUCUAAAAUAAGACCUCAACUCCACACGACUCCUCGUUCGAAAACAAGCUAAACCCAAAAUCAUCAGAAAAGCACAAUAUUCUGCCUCCUCUUGAACCAAGACUUAUGACCCAAGCUGAGCAAAAACGGAAAACUCACAAAAGAGGCAGUAAUUCUAAAGGAAAUACCUCUUUUGAUGUAGGUAUUUUCUCAGAAAAGGCUCUAAAACUGCUAGAAAAGAGCAAGAAUAUCCUUAAGAAAGAUCAGCAUCCUGCCUGGAGGCCUUCAGGGUCUAUUCCUCGCAAGAAUGGGUACAAUACCGGGCCAAAACUUUACUAUUAAACCUACUUAUGUAGCAAUUACGAAAUCUUCAAG